AUGACAAAUCAAUUCACAUCAUCAAAUACAGAUCAAGUAAAACUAAAUCUACUACAUUAUAAUUUAUGGACACAAGUAAUAAUACAUAAUGAUCAUAUAGUGAGUGGUUUGCCGGCUUCAAAAUUAGCUUCAACUGAUUCACAAAAUAAAAGAGAAUGGAUAGUUUGUAAAAAUUUAACGAAUACUAAACUUACGGUUCAAGAAAUUAAUAAUUGGUUUGAAGAGAUUAAAAAAUUUGAUAUGAAUGAUAAUGAGCAAAAUAAUGUCAACAAUAUAACGGAUAAAAUACGGAAUGAAAAACUUGAUAACAAUUCUAUUAAAGAUAAUGCAAAUAAUAUAACGAAUGAUGUGUCAAAUACAGUUGAAAAUGAAGGUGUUGCUACAAAAUGGGAGAGUCUAAAAUAUAUAAAUGGUAAAGGUAGAGUAGAUAGAAUCACAAUUGCAAUGAUUAAUGAUGAUGGCACUAUAGUUUAUUAUUUCAUUCAUGAUGGUAUAACAAAACCGAGACAGAAUUAG